AUGCAAGUCGACUCUAAGCCAUUCCCUCCGCCUGUCAUCAACAUGGUCAACGCUCAGCUCCGGCCCGAAUAUAGGGAAGUUCGUCGGCCUGCAAAAGGAAAUGAGCUGUUUGCCGAACCAGAGCCGGUACCAUGCAGUCGGUGCAAGUGUGAGAUCGGUCAGCUAAGAUCGCCAGAAAACAAAAGGAAGGCCAUCGACCCAUCUUGA